AGUCGGGAGAAAAUAGGACGGGAAAGUACUCGGACAUAUAUAUAUAUACCCCACAAUUAGCAACACUCUCUGACAAUCCCUCCGACAUAUUAUUGUACCUGAAGCGAGCACAGAAAUCCUUCAACAAAGACACCCCGUCAAGAAAAAUGGGCGGAACCGGCCGAGGGAAAGCUGCGGCGGCGAUGACGACGACGACUGACGAAAGCCACGGGAAGAUCAGGACAUGCAGAGGACGGCGACGGAGCGAGGCGCUGAAGCACCCGACGUACGUCGGAGUUAGAAUGCGGGCGUGGGGGAAAUGGGUGUCGGAGAUCCGAGAGCCCAAGAAGAAGUCCCGGAUCUGGCUGGGCACUUUCGCCAGCGCCGAGAUGGCCGCCAGGGCCCACGACGUCGCCGCCCUCUCCGUCAAGGGCGCAUCCGCCGUCCUCAACUUCCCCCAGCUCGCCGGGUCCUUGCCCCGCCCCGCCACGCGCUCCCCGCGCGAUGUCCAGGCCGCCGCCGUCAGGGCCGCCCUCAUGGACCACCUCGACGCGGCCGCCGACGCGUGCCCCUCCUCCGAGGAGUUAGUGUUGGGGGAGAUCGUCGAGUUGCCUAAGCUGCCCGACCCGGGGUUCGAGUCGACUCUGGCGGCCGAGUUCAUGUUCGUCGACUCGUUUGACUACUUUCACCCGUGGUGGCAGAGCUCGGGAAACGAUGUAUAUUGCGACGGCUCCGGCGGGGCUGAAGCUAUUCAACCAUCGGAGUUCGACGGUUGGAAAUUACAGUUUUAGUAAAUUUUGAGAGUAUUAAAGCAACUAUAUACGAAGAGUUUGGCGUGGACAUAAAAAUAAUUGUAUUUUAAAAAUAUUAUUUGCUGGUCUUUCUCUUAUUAAUAUUUUUAACAAAUAAUCUUUUUUUAUAUCU